GAAGGUCUCUCUGCGCAUGUCCCCAGGAAUUGGGGGUGGAGCUGGAGCGGACAUAUUAUAUUAUAAUAAUGACAUACAAUAAUAAUAAUAAUAAUGUUAUAAUAUGGUAUUAUAACUGAUAUAAUGUAAUAAUAGUAAUAAUAUAAACUCUUCUCUCCCUUCCUUCCUGCAAAGAGAUAUUGGGUUGUGUCUCUGUUUAUCAUCCUCUUUAAACCCCAGUCUCUCAUUUCCAUUCUCCCUCUUUUUUAGAAACUCUUCCGUCUUAAUUCUUUUAAAACAUUUAUUGCAGAAUUUUCUAACAUUUAACUGGUGUUAAAGGAGAUAAUAAUAAUCCCUGGCCUGAGUUUUAUUUUGUGUCAUUUCCAAAAUGUUUUAAAUAACUAACUGGGGCUGGUUACAGGGACCAUCCCGUGCCCCUAUGAAGACAGCUCCACUGGCUUCCAACAAGUUUCCGUGCCCAAUUCAAGGUGCAGGUGAUUACCAAGAAAGCCCUAUACACUUGGGGUCCAACCUCUCUUCAGGACCGCAUCUCCUUUUAUGGUUGUGAACUUUAAGAUCUGCCAGGGAGGCCCUCCUCUUGGUCUGCCACUGUCUCAAGUAGGGUUGGUGGGGACGAGAGCGAGAGAGAGACUGCGAUGGGGGGGGGGCUUCCUUCUCGGUGGUGGCCCCGUGGCUUUGGAAUGCCCUCCUGAAGGAGAUCAGGUUCCCCCUUCUCUUCAAGCUUUCUGGGCACAACUGAAAACACGGUUUUUUGAACAAGCCUUUGGACCAGGAUGAGCACCUUCCUCACUCAACCUGAGGCCUUAGCGAUGGAUUCUGUUAGUACUUUAUGGACUGAGACAGUUCACAGCCUGUUGUACCCACAGCUUUGCUGCAGUGUUGAAUUUUAAUCGGUUGGGUUGUAUGUUAUUCAAUGGAAUUAUUGCUUUGCAAUCUUUUUCUUCUUCCUGGCUUGCAAGAGGCUCUCACUCACUCUUCUUUCACUUUUGAAAACAUUCUCUUCUUGUCUCUCUCUCUCUUAAAAAAUAAGAUCACUCCAGCCUGGGAGGAGAAGCGGAGAAGGGAGGUUUUGGAAAAGACAACACACUGUAGUCUCCAGGCUCCACUGCCUGGCUUGACCUUGACCCGAUUAUAAGCUGGGGGAGGCUUUUUCAGCUCAUAAAUAAAAAACUCGGCUUAUCUUCGAGUAUAUACGGACAUGAGAGUUCUCUGGAGCCACCCCUGCCGUGAUGGGAAACGAACCAGCUUCUAGUCGAUAUUAAGGAAUUUGGGAACCAAAGUGCAGUAAGGAAACCAGUCCUCUAGGAAAAAGGAUUCCUCUCGAGGGGCUGAUCUUGCUGAAUUCCUACAUUCACUUUGGAUUCUAGAGUAGAACCGUAGAGUCGGAAGAGACUGCAUGAGGCACCCAGUCCAGGCCUCUGCCGUGCAGGAAAAGCGCAAAGUACCCCUGACAGAUGAGCAUCUAGUCUCUGUUUAAAGGAUUCCAAAGGAGCCUCCACUACAUUUUGAGGCAGAGAGUUACACUGCUGAACAGCUCUAACAGUCAGUAAGUUCUUAAUGUUCAGAUGGAAUCUACUUUCCUGUAAUUUGAACCCACUGUUGUGAGUAAUCAGAAAGGGAAAAACAAGAAUCAAGUGUCCGUAUUGGACUUAAAUAUACAUAACACUGCUGACAUGGAGGAGAAUGCAUAUAAAUGUAUCGAAUGUGGAAAGAGCUUUAGUCAGCAUGGAAAGCUGAAGAGACAUCAAAGGAGUCACACUGGGGAGAAACCCUAUAACUGCCUGGAGUGUGGACAGAGCUUUACUCAGAAGGGAAACUUACAAAGACAUCAAAGGACUCACACGGGGGAGAAACCCUAUACAUGCCUGGAGUGUGGACAGAGCUUUACUCGUAGUUCAAGUCUAUGUUCACAUCAAAGGACUCACAUGGGGGAGAAACCUUAUAAUUGCCUGGAGUGUGGACAGAGCUUUACUCGUAGUUCAAGUCUUCAUUCUCAUCAAAGGACUCACACGGGGGAGAAACCCUAUAACUGCCUGGAGUGUGUACAGAGCUUUGCUCGUAGUUCAGGUCUACGUUCACAUCAAAGGACUCACACUGGGGAGAAACCCUAUACAUGCCUGGAGUGUGGACAGAGCUUUGCUCAUAGUUCAGGUCUACGUUCACAUCAAAGGACUCACACUGGGGAGAAACCCUAUAACUGCCUGGAGUGUGGACAGAGCUUCAGUGAUUGUUCAAUUCUACGUUCACAUCAAAGGACUCACACUGGGGAGAAACCAUAUAAAUGCCUGGAGUGUGGACAGAGCUUUACUCAGAGGGCAGGUCUACAUUCCCAUCAAAGGACUCACACUGGGGAGAAACCAUAUAAAUGCCUAGAGUGUGGACAGAGCUUCACUCAGAGCUCAGGUCUACGUUCACAUCAAAGGACUCACACUGGGGAGAAACCCUAUAACUGCCUGGAGUGUGGGCAGAGCUUUACUCGUAGUUCAGGUCUACGUUUGCAUCAAAGGACUCACACUGGGGAGAAACUGUAGAAAUGCAUGGAGUGUGGACAGAGCUUUUCAUGAAAAAACAUUAUACAUAGACAUCAUAGAAUUCACCCUGGAGAGAAUGGUGUUAAUUGACCCCAGAGUGUCAUUCUAACACGUAGAAAAGCAACUCUUGCAAAUUUUGGAAAUGCAAGCUCAAAGUUGGGACAUUUCAUCACAUGUGAGGUAUUGUAGAAAGAUUGAACUAAAAUACAGUGUUCCCUCACCUAUCGCGAGGGUUAGGUUCCAGGACCAGCUGCAAUAAGUGAAAAUCCGCGAAGUUGGGAUGCUAUAUAUUUAUACAUUAUUUUAGUAGUUAUACACUAUUUUAAGUCUUUAUAAACAAACUAGCUGUGCCCAGCCACGCGUUGCUGUGGCGAAGUAUGGUGGUAUGGGAAAUAAAGUAUUGAGGAAUUGGUGGUACAGUAGAGUCUCACUUAUCCAACAUUCUCUUAUCCAACGUUCUGGAUUAUCCAACGCAUUUUUGUAGUCAAUGUUUUCAAUACAUUGUGAUAUUUUAGUGCUAAAUUCAUAAAUACUGUAAUUACUAUGUACCAUUAUUGCGUAUUGAACUACUUUUUCUGUCCAAUUUGUUGUAUAACAUGAUGUUUUGGUGCUUAAUUUGUAAAAUCAUAACUUAAUUUGGUGUUUAAUAGGCUUCUCAUUAAUCUCUCCUUGUUAUCCAACAUAUUCGCUUAUCCAACGUUUUGCCGGCUCGUUUAUGUUGUAUAAGUGAGACUCUACUGUAGUUAAAGGUAAAGGGUAAAGGUUUUUCUGUGAAAUUAAGUCCAGUCGUGUCUGAGUCUGGGGGUUGGUGCUCAUCUGCAUUUGUAAGACGAGGAGCUGGCGUUGUCCGUAGACUCCUCCAAGGUCAUGUGGCUGGCAUGACUGCAUGGAGCGCUGUUACCUUCCCGCCGGAGUAGUACCUAUUCAUGUAUUCCCAUUUGCAUGUUUUCAAACUUCUGGGUUGGCAGAAGCUGGGGCUAACAGUGGUUGCUCUCUCCGCUCCCCCAAUUCAAACCUGUGGCCUUUUGGUCCAGAAGUUCAGUAGCUCAGAGUGGUGUUGUUUGUGAUACUUUAUGUGCUUGUGCUGUCUGUGGCCCUCAGAAAACAGGAUUUGCCAGAGUUUGGUGAUGGGAAUAGUUUGUUGGGAGGUGUUAGGUGGUCCAGAUUGUUUCCUGGAUGGAAUUCCUGUGUUUUUAGAGUGUUGCUCUUUAUUUACUGUUCUGAGAUGAGAGCGUGAUGAGCACCGAAUGGCCUUACACCUUCAAAGCCUGGGUGCUUCCCUCUCUGAGGGGGCGGGAAUGCUUUGCUGGGAGGUGUUAGGUGGUCCAGAUUGUUUACUGGAUGGAAUUCCUGUGUUUUUAGAGUGUUGCUCUUUAUUUACUGUCCUGAGAUGAGAGAGUGAUGAGCACGGAAUGGCCUUGGACCUUCAAAGGCUGGCUGCUUCCCUGCCCGGGGGGGGGGGGGGGAGGAUUCUUUGUUGAGCAGCCAGGCCUUGCAGUUGUGAGGGGAGGAAAGGAAAUGGGCUGUAACUUGUUUGGUGAGUCCGGUGGCGGGGGGGGGGGGGGAGUUUAAAGGGGAUCUUACGUGGGUUUUGAGUAGUUUUUUCAUUGGAUAGGUCCCUGAGGGGGGGCAUUUUGAACCCACCUUGCUACUCCUGAGAAGUAUUAGGCUGUGGGAUGGUGGGGAGGAUGGCGACAGUGUCUGAGGGGGGGGGGGGGAAGGAGUGUGCGCAGGAGCGGCCGUUGGAGGGAGGGGUGUGGAUUGUUGUGUGUGCACGCGGGCUGGCCUCUUGGGCAUGCGCAGAUGGAGCAUUCCGGUUUUGGGGUUUUUUUGGCCCCAUGGAGGUUUGGGAUGUGUAGUUUGUUUGUAAGAACGUAGAGACGUGGAUGAGGGGUUGUGUUGUCAAUUUUCUAGGUUGGGGGGGCCUUUCGUUUUGUUGUUUUGCUCGGUGGAGCGAUGCCAUUCUCCUUUUAUAUAUAUAGAUAGCGUGUUGAUAAAUCACCUCCUUCUCCCAUUGCUGCCUGGGCUCCUUUUCUCUCCCUUCGGCUUCUCCUUCCUCCCUUCCUUAGGCUGUAAAUUGUAAGUUUUUUAUGAUUUAUAAUAGUCUUUGAGAGUUUAUUGAAAAACCACGAAACAGCGAAUCCGCAGACAGUGAACCGCGAAGUAGUGAGGGAACUCUGUAUGUUCCAUUCUGGAAAUAAUUACUGUAUAUUAUCUAAAGGGAGUAGAAUAAUGAGAAAUAAAAAUUAACAGAUAGAAUGAGGCUUUUGGGUACGUGUUCACUUCUGUUUGUUAGUUCAGUUGUGUGUCUAGGUAAGUAACUGUUUCGCUGGUCUGUUUGUUUCUGAUUUAGUUUUGUAUCUCAUGUAGUAGUUAGUUUCAUGGGUAGUUGAAGCAUUAUAUAUAAUUUCUGCCUUUUUGUAUUGUUGCUUUUAAUCUCCCUUUUUGAAUUUUUUAUUUGCAACAAAGAGGGGGAUUUAUAAGGGUCAAAACUGCUGAAACUGGAGGGGUGGGUAGACCUGUUUUUGGCCCAAAAUGUUUAAUGUUUAAUCUAGAGCGCCUUUGAACAUCAUUGCCUUCUUCAGUGUUGGUGGCAUGGGUUUGGAUUCCGUUGUCUUGCUUCAGACAUUAUUAUUCCUAUUAUGCUUUAUACAACAUGUAUUCACUGCUUUGAUCACCAUCUGUUCUUUUUAACUAUCUUGUCUAUCCCCAAACCCUUCCAGUAUGUUCUUUUGGUCAUCAGGGUUGUGUGUGCUAAGUUUGGUCCACAUCCAUCAUUGGUGGGCUCUUUGGAUGCAGGGUGAACUAUAACUCCCACACGGGUGGGUCAGUCCCCAAAACCCUCCUGUAUGUUCUGUUGGUCCUGGGGUUUCUGUGUGCCAGGUUUGGUCCUGAUCCGUCAUUGGUGGGGGUUGCAGAUCCAACGUCAGCUGGAUUCAGUGCUCUCUGGAUAAGGGUGAACUACAACUCCCACAUGGCAAGGUCAAUCACUCCCAAACCUCACCUGUAUGCACAGUUGGCCAUGCUGGGUCUGUGUGCCAAGUUUCAUCGUUCGCUUGUUUUGUUCUGAGCUGAAAGGGUUCCUGUUCUUUGGAUGCCGAGUGUUCAGGGAAGAGUGAGGUCUGUGAGAUCCAGGAGGCCCUUCAGAAACCACGUCUGGUUGCUUUGCUGGGAAGUCGUGCAAACACGUUCACACAAACAGGAAGGUUGGAAGACUUGGUUCAUACAGAUUUUGAGUUAAUAACUUUAAAAAAAUAGAAGAUAAAAUUUGGAAACUUGAAUUAUUAAGUCUGGAGUUGAAAACAUGACACAGUUCAGACAAUGGUUUGUGAUAUAACAAUAACUCUUCUCGUAGUCAAUGGGAUAUUCUGGGUGCCUUAUUUUAUGUCAAGUAAGAUAUUGUGCUCAGAAACAAAGAUUUAUAAAGGAAGCACCACAAUGGAUAUAACACAAUGGGAAGCACGGGAAGCAGAUCACACCUCACGCAGGUAGGACCACGUGUGCUAUAAACAUGGAAGAUGGUACAUGUAGGUUAACAUCAUGGGUAAUGUGAUACAUUCACACAAGAAACAGGAAUGGGGUGUGUUUGUGUUACUACUGUUCAGCUAAUGUUAUGGUCUGAUGGAAAUAUAAUAGAACCUGAUAAACAAAGAAUCAGUUGAAAUGUAAAUGUAAUGUAAGCUUUGUUCAAGAUGAUGAAACUGGGAAUUUGGUGUACGUGAUGGAAAAUAGAGACAAACUCUAUCACUGGUUAAAAUGUGUCAUAUUGGGCAAAUGUGCUCUCUAGGUGCAUCUUCGUAGUAGUAGUUCACUAGCAGUAUUUUUAAUCUCUUGUUGUUGAUGAUGUUGUUUUGUUUUUGUAUAUCUAAAUAAAGAAAUGAAUCAA